GAGCUGCUGCGUCUCUGGCGGCUCAUUUGGGAUUUCCUCACCAUCCUGCUGGUGGGAAUUGAUGCCAUCAUGCUGCCGGUGCUCUUAGCCUGGCCAGCAGAAGAGGGCAGCGGAUGGGACGACUACUACAAGGCUACCCCGGUCUUCUGGGUUGCUGAUAUUUGCAUGAUGUUCUUCUUGGCGAUCCUCUUGAAUGAGGGCUCGCGAGUUCAUGCGGUUUGCCUCUACGUCUGCACCUGGUUUCCAUUGGACGCUCUCGUGGUAACUCUGGAUCUGGUUCUGCUUGCAGAGCUUGUUCCCGAAGACUUCAAAGCCCUGACUAUGAUGCGGCUGCUCCGCACGGUCAAGUUCAAACAGGCCAUCACGACGGUGGAAGGCCGGCUCGCUGCGCGCGGGAUGCUCCGCGCGGUGAACCUCUCCACCAUCCUGCAGUGUGUGGUCUUCAUCUUCGGUGUCAAUCACGCCCUCGCCUGCAUUGCCAUUUACAUCGGCCGCCAAGAGCAGGAAGCAGGGAGGUCGAAGAACUGGCUGCAAGCGUAUCUCAUCGAAGAGCAGCCCCUUCAAUUCCAGUACAUGAUUGCCUUCAACUGGGUGAUUGCGCAAUACACACCUGCGCCAUAUCCCUUCACGGCCCAGAACGAGCCGGAACAGGCUCUGGUGUUGGGUAUCAUCCUCACUUGCCUGCCCAUGCUGGGCGCACAAAUCGGAAUCAUCAGCGGGACCCUGAACCUCAUGACGGAGAAGGCGAAGGCGCGCGUGCUCACGGCCCUGGACGACGUCUUGGGCUCCCAGGAGUCUCCCCUGGAUGUGAAGGAGCCAAUGGCCUUGGAUUUCCUGCCCAGCACCNNGACGACGCUGGGUCUGCACACUCUGAAGCAUCUUGCCCCCUGUUCCAUGAGCUGCCGUGAGCUGCCUUUUGCCGAGGAUCGCGUCGACUUCGGAGGCAGGUUGGCAGCGGCUUUUCGUCAGAAGGUUGCAGUGCAGGGCGAGCAAAUCUUCGUGUGCAGUCGCCGGGCGGAAGGAAUCUACAUCAGCAUCCACGGCAGCUUUAUCUUGCGGCCUUUCAAGGAGCUGGAAAGUAGCAACAGCAUGUCCCGGAUCCGGACGACUCGCACCACAGUUUCCAACAGCGUGAAGUUGCAGUCGGACAUUUGGUACGCGGAGCUUGCUUUGUACACCAGCAGGAACCAUGCAUCCACCUUGGCCGCGGCAACUUAUGCCAAGCUGCUCACACUGUCGGCCACGGACUUCUUGCAGGCCGUGAAGAACUCGCCCUCGAUUGUGGUAGCCUGUCAUGAGUACGCGCUCGGGCUGAUCAAGAUGCAUCAGAAAAGGGCCCUCUUCACCGAGGAGACUUGGGAGGUUCCACCAGAUUCCUGGUCUGUAGAGGCCGUGGCGGCGACCCAGCUGGCGGAGCUCUUGAUCCCGGGCACGAGCCCGAUCCAUGCCUUCAAGCUCACGGGCGCUUGCGAGCGGAAGAUUUCCCUGGACCGGCUCCUCAACGAAGAUCAGACCCUGCUCGACCAAAUCGAUUGUGUCAAAGACCAGCUCGACGAACUGGACGGCGAGAGGGGCAUGUACGAGCUUCUUCGGAUCAAGGACGAAGCAAAGCGAGCUCUGCUUUCGGUACUCUUCAUGGGCUGGCUUGUGAGGGACAACUACGAGCAGGUGGUGGCAUGUCAGGACGGGCCCAACAAGCUCACGAGGACGACCUGGUCCGCCCUGAGGGAGCUGACGCAUUGUCAGGAGAUGUCUUUCGAAGAGCUGAAUGCAGCCAUGGUCUUGCUGGGCGUGCGUGGCCUCUGCAAAAGCAAGGAGUUUUCGAGGCUGGUGCCUCCCAGCGAGCGACGGCAUACGGAACAGGUGUUGCUGCACACGGUGGACCACCUUUCCGCCUACGUUCCCUCGCUACAAGCGCUGAGUACGGAGUGCUACACCCACCUCGGAAAUGCUGUUCGAGUCAUGAUGGACUUCAACUUUGCUCAGUUUGUGCAGGGCGAGAACAAUCCCAACUCCGUUUGGCUGCUGCAGUGUGCGCUUGGCCGGGAUGGGAUGCAGGCCUUCAAGUUAUGCUUGCUGGCCCAGGCUUGCAUGCUCUGUGGUGUGAGCGGUACGUCCACCGUGAAUGGAUCUCUGUUCCUCAACGAGCUGAAUGGCCGCUGCAUUGUGAAGGCUCUCUCGAGCCUCAGGCAAGUCGAGGACGUGGAGCCCCAUGUGACGUACUGGCGCUACGUCAGCAGCCGUGCAGAGGCCCUGAACCUGAGCGUGCAGACUCCGUCGCACCUGGUCCUCGCCCGCAUUGCUUGCUUGACACGAACGCUGGAGCCUUCAGCCAUGCUGGAAGUGCAAGAAGAUUGGAAACAGCUGAGCGAUCGCGAGCGGGACGUGCUGCACGAUGUCUUUCUCUUGGAUGGGCACGAGCACAAGGCCUUCAUGUUCCUCUACCUGCCGCUCUUCCUGGCCAACGCCCGAUCGAAUCCCGAUCUGGGACUUCAAGGUGGCCUGAAGUUCCUGGUGGAAAUCUACGACAAGCUCAUCAGGCACAAGUGCCUGGCUCUGGCCGGACCGACGGUCAAGGUGGACCUGUCCACUCUCGCAGUUGUUGCUACCGAUGUCGAAGAUCUUCCAACCCUCCGAAAGUGCCUGGACUUCGCGAAGAUCGUGAAACAUGAGAAGGGAGUCACCGUGCUCCUGACCAGCGCGAGCUACCAAGUGCUCACCGGACAGCUCGUGCAUGACACGAGAAGUACAGAUAUGCUGGAGCUCCUGACACAACAGCAGCUCCGGCUCGAGAGCGCCAUCAUGUCCAAGGCCCUGGGCCGGCCUCUCCGGGCCUCCAUCUCCCUGGACAACCUGGAGUCGGAGGGAGAAAGAGACCCGCACGCCAUCGAGCAGACCCACCUCUAG